GGGGGGGGGGGGAUUCUUGCUCUGAAUUUUGCCUUACUGAUAUGGUUUUCUCUUUGGUGAAGAAGGAUAUUUUUAUGGUAUUCACUUUUCCAAACUAUGCCCACCAUUUUCAAAAUUCUAUAUUGUAACCCUAAGGUACCUUAAGUGUGUACGGUGUAACCUUGCCAUUAAGUUGUUGUUAGCUAAAACCCAGCCCUCACGACCUUGCCCUCACCACCCUAACUAACGUACCUAGCCACCACCACACUCAGCAACCGCCACACCUAGCAACCGCCACACACCAACAACCCCAUCAUCGCAUAUCGCCUCACCCGCACCAAAGAAAGUGUUCAAAUGAAUGGACGAAUUUUAUUCAAAAUUUUGUAGAAAAUUAGUGUAGGGCUUUAGUUUAAUUGGAUUUAAAUUGCAAAAUUAAUAAGUUGUUGAUUGUUGUUUUCGUUUUGAAAUCAAAGAGUUUGGUUCAAAACAAUAGAAUACCCUAAUUUUUUCCCCCAAAUUGAUUUUCAUUGUUAAUUCAUUAAUUUUGGUUCAAUUAGUUUAAGAUAAUGCACAAAACUUGUUUUAAUUGUUUUUUCCGAUUAAAUAUACACAAAUAUGCAUAUAAUUUUGGUCGGAAUUUUUCCAAUGAACGGCGGUGGUGGCACAUUAAGUGGUUUGUAGGGUGGGUGCGGUGGCUUGGGUGAAGUCCGGUGGCUGGGGUGGGGUUCAGUGGGUGGUUCGGUGGGUUUGGAGGAGGGAAGGGUUGGUGGUGGGUGGGUUUGCAAGAGGGAGGGAUUUUUUUUUUUUUUAAUAGUUUUUUUAACAAAAGUUAACGGUAUUAACUUUAGGAUUAGUGGAGGGGUUACAUCGUACACGCUAAAGGUAUCUUGGGGUUAUAACGUGGAAUUUUGAAAAUGGGUGGGCACUGCUUGGAAAAGUGAAUAUUGUAGGGGUGUUGUGUAGAAAAACCCAAAACAAAUAUAGCAAAGUAUACGGGUUCCAUAAUGUGCGGGUGUAGUACCUUUUGUCCGGUAUGAGUAUGGCAGCAAUUUCAAAUACCCAUGUUUCAUAGGCUACACCGCUACAGUGCUUUACAGGUUACGAAUAGCAACAGGUCGGUUUAUUUGGAUUAACCUUGAGUUGAAACGGUUUCUUGUUAGUAACGAUUUGGGUUAAAAUGGUCACAUGUUGUAAAUGGUUCAUGACUUCGUGUGUAACAAUUUACGGCCUAAAAUUAUUAUCGAAUAUGGGUAGAGAUGUCAAUUCGGGUAUUCAACUCGAGUUCGGGUCGGAUCAAAUCGGGUCUCAGGUCAAAUCUGGAUUAACUGAUCAAGUUAUGUUGGGUCAAUUUAGUCUUAUCAGGUUUAGGUUCGAGCCGGGUCAAUUUUGGUUCAGGUUGUUUCGGAUUGUUCACCCUUUCAGAUGUAGGUCGGAUUCGAUUUGAGUCAAAUUCAGAUCGGGCUCAAUUUCAAUACAGGUUGUGUUGAGUCGGGUUUGGAAGGGUUAAUAGAGGGUACAUUCGUGUUCGAGUUAAGGUUAGGUCAAAUAAUUAUUUAGUUGGAUAAUCUUAAAGUUGGAUCAUUCUUGGUUUUGGUUCAAGUUUAAUUCGAAUAAAUAUUGAUGUGGUCAAGUUGAACCUAUAUAAUUACGUCUUCCAUAAUUUGAUCAAGCUUAUCAAGAUUUUAUUAAACCUACAUACGAAAUUAUAGAGAACAAAAGGUAUAUAAGCUAAACAAAUUGUGCCAAUAUGUUUUUAAGGUUGUGGGUUUACAAAACUGUACCAAAAUAUAAGCUGAACAAAAGGUAUAUAAAAAUUUUAUUAAACCUUCCAUUACUCAGGUCAAUAACUGGUUCUAAUUGGGUCGGGUACUAGUUCGGGUUCGGAUUGUUGUCUGGUCGGAUUAAAUCGACUGGCGGCUAUGAUCAGGUCGGGUGCAGGUAAGUUGGGUUCAAAUCAUUGCCGGUUCUGGUCGAGUUCCCGGGUCGGGUCAGUUUUUGACAGCUCCAGAUACGAAUCGUCUACGGUUCAACGAUUUUCAUGCAAAUUUGGAUAUGUGUUGAAUAUAGUUUGGUCAAUUAUCAGAUCCCCAUUGAGGGGCUCUAAACCAUUCAGAUGAUCUUUACCCAAAAAGAAAUUUACGAUUUGGGUUAAAAAUUAACAUCUUUACUCAAGAUUAAAAUCGUAGAGGUAUCAAUUCGGGUAUUUGUAUUGGGUUUAGUUAAGUCAAGUCUAUUUUAAAGUUGAGACAUGCUAAAUUAUUGUGUCUAUUUGAGUCGAAAUUCAAAUGUUUUUCGAGUCAGAUUAGAAUGAGUCAAUCGGGUUAGUUUUUAACACCUCUUCCGUCAAGAGUCCGAGUCAUCUAUGUCAAACUAAUUUCUUGGUCUCGACCGGUUCCAAGCCCGAAAAUCAAAAUGAAUGAAGUGGGGACUUUGGUGGUAUUUGGGCGGCCAUUUCCGCGUUGUUUUUGUUCCCUUUAUUCUCAGUUUCUUAAGGAAUGAACAUAGAUACUCGUUUGAAUUUAAAAACCCCCAAAAUAUCCUAAAUUUUAGGGAAACAAAAUUGAAAAUUGUUACAACUUCUCUGGUUAACCUAUUUUACAAUCACGCGGUCAAUUAAUUCGGCCUUCUGAAGUUACGUUACAAUUUCUUUUCAAUUGUUAGAUCCAGUCAAUUUUCAAAAUUCUGAGUCUCAAACACAACUUGAAAUUUCUUGAUAACGCAUGUACAAUUUACAACACAAACGCUUUUCUCUUGCUGAGUAAAACGCUUGUAGGUUGAAUUCAAUCGAUUUUCUCAAUUGGGUUCGUUUUAAUUUGGACAUUUUGAUCGUUCUGCAACUGGGUUGAAAUUUUCUCAAUUGGGUAUUGCUGGAAGUUAAAUUUUCUGGAAUUAGGGUUUGAGGUUCAGCUUGAAAUUAGUCAAAUUGGUUCAAAUUUGACAGUUUAUGGCAAUUUGUGUUAAGAAUUGAAAUGGGUAUUUUGGAUUUUUGUAGCUACUGCAAAAAGGGGGAAAUUUUUUGCAUUUUUCUGAAGUUAUUGGAAUCCCUUUUUUAGGGUUCAUGUUGUUAUUGAUUCAAGUGCCAGGUAAAUUUUGAGGUUCUGGGUUUUAUUGAUGAGAUGAAAAGUAUUUUUUGUGUUUGGAAUAGUGAAGCUACCGAAAAUGCAAAUAAAAGAUGUGGGGUGUUGUAUGGUGCUUGUUCUUGUGUUUUGGUCUCUUUUGGGAACGACCCUGGAAGAUAGGACAGUGAUCCGGGAAAUACUUUCUGGUUUCGAGCUCGAUUCGGCUCCUGAAGAGUUUGAUCAAAAUUUGGUGGAGGUAUUAGCUAUUAGUUGCAGGAAUGAGUUGAUACAUGUGAAUCAAAUUUAUAAAGGUCUUGGUUUUACUGAGCCAGAUGCUUCAAGAUCAAAAACUGGAAAAAUUCUCAACAGUCAAGCAUUGACAGAGAAUAAUGUUCGGAAAGCUCUCAGCAUUAUAGAGCCACAGAAAAAGAAUAAUAUCUUCAAAUGCUUCAGGGAUAAUUUUCAGAUCUCCCCAAUCUCCGGUGAAGAUGCCAGUCCAGAUGGUUGGUUUCAUAAAGAUCUGCAUUCCGUACACCUAAAGCUGAAGCCCACUGUCGACUCAAGAAGGCUUUUAGCUGAAGUUCCUUCUCCAUCUCCAUCUCCUUCUCCUUCUCCUUCUCCAUCCUCAUCUCCAUCUCCUUCUCCUGCCUUUGCCCCUUCUCCUCAAUCUUCUGGCUUUAAACCUUCUGGUCCAAAGCGCAAAGCUCCACCUCCACCAGACAUUUUUUCCUUUCCAAUAACUGUUCCCAAAUCUUCACCAGAUGGUGGACAUUCUGAGUCAGAUUCCGCAGCAGACACUGGCAGCAAAGACCACAGCCGCACUACAAUUGUUGUUGCUGUUGUUGUUACUGCAUGUGUAACAUUUUUCGCUGCUUUAAUCAUAUUUUUAUGCUGUCGUAAAGCUUUUGGCGGAGGUUCCAAAAUGGAACAUAAGGAUGACAGACCCCUUCUAAGCUUAAGCUCGAGUGACAUCUCUGCUAAUGGUUCUUCACCAAAGUUUUGGACUUAUGAAAAUUCUGUUCAGAAAGGAAAUUCUGUUUACUUGAGUACAAUUGGUGGUGUCUCUUCAGAUGUUAAGUUAUCAAUGGAAUCUGCUAACAACGUGACAGCAAAUACUUCCUUUGAUACUUCAAACAUGUCUAGCAAUAAUAAUGUAUCAUCAGGGCUGAAGCCACCUCCUGGAAGAAUUGGUGUGCCUACCUCUGGAAAGCCUCCUUUGAGGCCACCCCCUGGGAGAGCAGAUCCCUUGCCACCUGAACGCCCUGCUUCCUUGAGGCGAGGUCCAAGUACAGGAGGACCACCUCCUCCUCCUCCUCCAAAGCCCCAAGCAGCUGCUCCUCCUCCUCCUCCCCCUCCUAAAAAAACAGCCCCACCUCCUCCUGGGCCUCCGCCACCGCCACCAGCUCGUGGAGGGAAGCCUGGGCCCCAAGCACCACCACCGCCAAAGGGUGGUAGUACACCAUCUCGACUCCCACCAAUUGCAGUCAAAGGUAGCAGUUCUGCUAAUGGGGAUGAUGCUUCAAAAGCCAAGCUAAAACCGUUCUUUUGGGACAAGGUUCAAGCCAACCCUGAACAUUCAAUGGUUUGGGACCAACUUAAAUCAGGGUCUUUCCAGUUCAAUGAAGAGAUGAUAGAAUCAUUAUUUGGUUUUGCCGCUUCUGAGAACAAAAAUAAUAAAAAGAAAGAGUCUUCCUCUCGCGAUCCACCAUCACAAUUUAUUCAACUUAUUGAUCAGAAAAAGGCACAAAAUCUUUCUAUCCUUUUACGGGCAUUAAAUGUUACAACUGAAGAAGUUCGUGAUGCUCUGCUAGAAGGGAAUGAGCUUCCUUCGGAACUCCUUGAAACUUUGUUAAAAAUGGCUCCAACCCAAGAAGAAGAACUGAAACUGAGACUUUUUGAUGGUCAAAUAUCUCAACUUGGACCAGCUGAGCGGUUUUUGAAGGCUCUGGUGGACAUCCCUUUCGCAUUCAAGCGAAUGGAUACUUUACUUUUUAUGGUUACUCUACAAGAGGAAGCUACAUCAGUGAAGGAAUCCUUCAUAACUUUAGAGGCUGCUUGCAAGGAACUCAGAAAUAGUCGCCUUUUUCUGAAGCUUCUAGAAGCUGUUCUUAAGACUGGUAACCGUAUGAAUGAUGGAACGUAUCGUGGUGGUGCUCAUGCGUUUAAGCUGGAUACAUUGUUGAAAUUGGCCGAUGUCAGAGGAACAGAUGGCAAGACCACACUUCUCCAUUUUGUUGUUCAGGAAAUAAUCCGCUCAGAAGGUGUGAGGGCUGCCCGUGCUUCCCGAGAGAGCAAAAGUAUGUCCAGCGUUAAGUCUGAAGAUCUUUUGGAAGAUGUUCCUGAUGAUUCUGAGGAGCACUAUCGCAGUCUUGGUCUUCAGGUUGUUUCAGGAGUAGGAGACCAGCUAGAAAAUGUCAAGAAAGCAGCAUGUUUGGAUUCAGAUAUUUUGACAGGAACCCUUACAAAGCUUGGAAAUGCUUUGCGUAAAGCAAAGAACUUUCUCAACAAAGAAAUGUCAGAAGUGGAUGAGCAUAAUGGUUUCCACCGAGCCCUUAAAAGCUUUGUAGAGCUUGCUGAGGGGGAUAUCACUCGUCUGUUGGAGGAUGAAAAAAGGAUUACAGCUCUUGUAAAGAAUACUGUUGAUUACUUUCAUGGAAGUUCUGGAAAGGAAGAGGGAUUGCGUUUGUUUGUUAUAGUCCGAGAUUUCUUAAUAAUGUUGGACAAAGCAUGCCGAGAGGUGAAGGAGAAGCCGAGGUGGCCUACCAAAAAUCAGAAGAAACGAGAGCCUCCGUCGAGGCAAACGUCUUCUGAAACCCCUCGAACACCAUUUUCUCCCGAUUUUCGCCAAAAACUUUUCCCGGCUAUUGUAGAGAGGCGAAUGGACGAUGGUACAAGUUCAGAUGAUGAUUGAGGACACACUGACACAGUAUCUCUUGUAAUUGUAGUCUUUUAUUGUGUUUUUGCAGAUUUCAGCUGGGGAUCAGGAGGACUUCUAUUUGGAAUCCCUAGUCAAGAAGAUCAACAGUUAUCAUCCAAACUCCUUCUGAAGUGAGUUUUUCAGGAGAUCCGACAUUAAGGCGUAUAAAAUGUUAACAGUUCCUCAACUAUGCAUCAUCAGUUCAUCACAGAUCCCCCUUGUAGAAAUAUACCUUCAGCUCGUAUUCUCCUAGUGACUCGUGCUUAGCUACGACUUUUUCACCCUGUAAUUUAUUUUUAAUUUAAUUAAUUUAGUUCAUUUUUUGUAUGAUCGUCUAUUUGUCUGACUCUGUAGAUCACAAUUAUUGCCUGGCAGUUUGAAACUAUAGAAAAGAUUCUCAUUAUAAACUGAAUUGUAAAUUUUAUCAUGCAAAUGCCUCAUUGUACGCUUUGAUCCA